CUAAGAAGGACAGAGGUCACGAAAAGGUCACUCAUCGACAUCAGACAAAAUGGCUCUCGCAAGGUUAUCAUCUACUCGUCUUUUUCGCCCGAUUGUCGCUGUUUGUCAACUGCAGCGUGGAUAUGGAUCUGAUUCAGGCGUCAUGGGCAGUGGAUCCGGCAAAGGUGGCGGCACUGGUGGUGCAAUCCGCGAUGCUGGUGGUGCUUUUGGAAAAAUGGAAGCAGCCCACGAGGACCAGUAUUUCAGACAGUUGCAAGCGGAGCAGCUAAAAGCCCUCAAGAAACAUCAUGAUGAGGAGAUUGAAGCCCACGAGCGAGAAAUCAACCGCCAUAUUGAAUCUAUCGACCGACUAAAGAAACGCAAGCGUGAAAUAGGAUCUGAUUCCAGCGAAAGCGACUAAACGGGUUUUUAGUUAGAUUCAUAGGAAGAUUGUUUAUUAUUAAGUUGUGAUUUGAAGUUACUGAUUGAGUUUAACAUAACAUGCAUUGUCACGCCACAACCUGCAAUACUUCAACUUGAUUCACCCAUUCACCCAGAUUCAAUUUAAGACUCUAAACACCCCAGACAGUUAAAUACUGAUCGCUCAAUGGGACACAAACACACUUCAAAUACUUUGGGAAGUUAAUGAGAUGUCCAUUAUGGUUGACGGUCUUUUGUUGGGUGUUGUUUUCAGUUAGUGCUCCUGUAAAAUUCUCAAAAUGUAGAAGCAGUGUUAAACUUAAAUGACAAAAGAGAAAUCAAUUUUGAUUUGAGGAAAUGUAAACUUAUGGAGAGUAUGCAUGACUUGGCUACUUAAGAGUGUGCAGUUUUAGUAAAGAAUUAAAUGGAGCAAUUUAACUUUUGGUGUCUCUCCAUCACAUUACAUGUAUAUAAACUGGAUGAUUUCACAUUGAGAUUAAUGUUAGCAUUAAGCAAUGCCUAUCAACUGCAUUGGUUGAUGCCCACCUUGGCCCGCUUUCAUAGCGCUGCUUAACGAUUGGCAAAUUUCUGCACUUUAGCAGAAAAUGUUGCUGCAGUUUAAACGUAUUUCACAUGUUUGGCAGCAAUCUUGCGCCUUCACCAUUGAUUUCCAUAGUGAUGUCAUUCAUUUACGUGCAGUAAGCACCGAAUGGUUAUCUCGUGCGCUUAUGGUAAGAUUUUUUUUCUUCAUAUUUUCUUAAAUAAGGUAUGAAAGUAAAGCUUCAGUCGAUAACAUCAAAUGUUGCUGUAUUCAGAGUUGACUGAUCAAACAACCCACUCUCUAUAAGUGAAAACCGUUUCCGUUGUUUUUAAACUUGAUGAUUUGUUUUAUGUCCAGGCAUCAACUUUCAUUCAGUGUUACUUUGUUAAGUUUGUAAGUGUUACAAGUAAACAUUGUGUUUGAUUAAUUCGGAUUUGUGUGCGAAAAGAGUCGGUUUUUUCCAAUCAACUUUGAAAUAUGUAUGCAAACUUAAGUUACAUUUAAAUUGACAGAAUCUAGAGUACACCAGACCCUUAAAAGAACCUGUAAGAGCCAAUACUCGUCAAUGAAACCCUUUUUCGUUUCAAAUGUAUUCUCUAUGAAGAUUAUUUCAAAACGGCAUAACACGUUGAAAUAGCGCCCUCAUGUGACAAUCGGGACACUUUUGAAAAUCUCAAAAAAAUGUAUUGAAUUGAAAAUUGUUUGUUUAUGCAUGGAUUGUUUAUUAAAUAAACAUUGGUUAUUCUUGA